AUGGCGACUCUCACCAUGACACCCACUCGUCAGCCUUUCGCGAGUCUGGAUACCCCGCGAAUGCGACCGAUCAUGCGAGCCAAGUUAAAUCGCCAGAACGUGCAAAGUGGUGCCAUCCUAUCCCAAAAAAGCUCCAUCCUCAUUAACGAGGAUACCGAGAACAUCGACCCAUAUACUCGCAGCUUAUCAGCCAAGCGCAAGCGUAACCUCGAUGACGAUGAGAUCUCAAAGGGCUCUCCCAAGUCUCUCAAGACCUCCCGUAUCGCCCUUACUACCCGACCAUCAAACCUCUCUCCUCGAGACAUCUCAACCCCACUGAAGACCUUUGCUGCUACACCUAAGUCAGCACCUAUCCUCAAACCCGCUGGUCGCACUCCUACAAAGUCUCUGAAGCCCUUCGGUCGCAGAUCACUUAUCACAAAGUCAAGACCUGAGUCUGCCCGACGAGCAGUUGCUCGUCCCUUCUCUCUGGCAACGGCUCUCGCACAGACCAAGGUUCCAGCUCCAAAGCCCAAGUCCAAUGCUUCUAGUGGCUGGUUCUUUGAUAUCCACGUUGACUCAGAGCAAGAGGAAAUGACAAACCUCAUGCAACACUCCACUGGUGUUUUGGAUAUCAGUGACGAUGAGGGUAAGGUCUCGGAUGCUAAUGGCCGAGGCAAGGAGAACGUGCCCCCCUCUGAACUAGGUCUUGACUUACCCCGCUCCCCUGAAUCAAUUGCCUUGGCGGCCGCUGCAGCUGCACGCAAGGCGGAGAAAAUGGACGAGGAUCGUGCGCCUUUGGGUGAACUUGCGGCUUCGGAUUAUUAUCCUGAGGAUUGUAAUGCUUUCUCUUAUGCGGUCAUCUAUGAUGAUGAUCAUGUUGAGAAGAAAUCUGCUCUCCCUGCCCAGGCUAUCUCUGUCUCACCUGAGAUCUCUACUUCCAUUGCCUCGCUUCUUGAGACGGCUCUCCCUCCUGCUCCUGAGGAGAAGUCUGUCGAGAGGGAUGAUGAGGUGACAGAGUCGGUGCCCUCUCAAGAGGACAAGGCUGAUUCAUAG